GGUUCUCCUCCAGAUUCCUGCAGGCUGGUCUUGUUGAGUGUUAAAUUGCAAGGGAAACAAGCUGAUUUAGCAAAGUGCAGCGGGAAGAGUGUGGAAGAGUCUGAAUAUAUACUGUAUCUGUAUAUUCCACCACACAUAUUCCCCCCCCCCCACACACACAAAAAAAAAAGACAGAAAUGGCACACGUGAGAAAAAAGUUUAUUGAGAUUCUGGAAAAAGUCAUGAAAGAAGGAGAGCAGAUGACACCAGAGGAGAUGCUGAUUACGCAUGAAGGAAUUGCAUACCCGACUGUCUUUUGCAACCCAGAGCAGUUCAAAGCUUUGGAGGCCUUCCAGGCCAGGAGUGACGAUGUAGUUCUAGCAGGAUAUUGCAAAUCUGGCACCAACUGGGUUGGCCAGAUUGUUACUGAUUUAGUAAUAACAUCUGCAAAGAAAUAUGAACCAGAGAAGUUGGAUGAAAAACUUCUCCUAGCGGAAUUUCCAUAUCUCGAAAUAGGAGAUACUGAAAAGUAUAAGAGGAUGGAUACUUAUCCUUCCAGGAGAGUGAUGUUUACUCAUCUCCGUCCUGAUAGAUUCCCACCAUCAAUUUUCCAGAACAAAGCCAAAGUACUGAUGCUGGUUCGAAAUCCAAAAGAUGUUGCUUCAUCUUUUUUCCAUUUUUCAAACAACUUCAGUCCUUAUCCUCCCUAUGAUACAUUUGAAGAGUUCUUCCGAGCUUUAAUGAUAGGAAAAAUGCCCUGGGGAUCCUAUAUAGAGUAUCUUUGUACAUGGAACAAGUAUAUUGAUAAAGAAAAUGUCCUGCCAAUAACAUAUGAAGAGAUAAAAGAGAACCCAGCUUUAGGAGCCAAAAAGAUUUCCACCUUUCUUGAACUGAACUUAAAUGAGGAAGACUUUCAGGGUGUUGCAGAAAGGAGCACAUUCAAGACGAUGAAAGAAAAAUCUAAAACAACUCAUGGAGAAUUUGGUGAAGUUCUUUUCCGGAAAGGUGGCAUAAGUGACUGGAAAACACUUUUUAGUGAAGCAAACAACAAGGAGAUGGACACUGUAUUUAAAGAGCGCUUAGAAGGAACUAAAGUGGGAAAAUUGAUAAACUAUGAUCGUUACUGCAAGAUAUGAAGAUCAAGGGAAAAAGCUAUCCAUUGUAAAAUAAUUCCAUUCUCAGAAACAAGGCAUUCCAUUUACAUUUUAAUAAAUUUAUGAUUUUUAUGUAAUCUCUGCAUGAAAGGGGAAUGGAAAUAAUUUCAAGAGUUUUCUGACAACAGUUCUAUAAAUUUAUAAGCUAUAAAUGGCUAAAAUUGCAUUACUUAAUCAUGCUAAUAGCAUAUUCAUUUCUAUUCAGAGUUAUGACAUAAUAUUUUAGAAAUAUAAGACAACUGGAUAGAUGUUAGAAAGAAAUCUAAAAUGUGACCUUUUAUUGUAUAGAAAUCAACAAGCUCUUAAUCACACCAAUUCUUCGAGCAUAGAUAUAUGUUUCUCUGUGUUUAUUCCUACACACUCAUAUACACAAAUUUUCAUACAUACUAUUAAAUACUGAAAUCAAUUUGAAAUGUAAUUAUGUAUUGUUCAUUGACAUUUUAAUCAUAAAUCCUAACAGAAAAUUAAUUGAUUGGCUACUGCCAAUCUGAAUGAUUGCUAGUAACAGGAAUUACAUACCAACACAGGUAGAGAGAAAAGAAGGGAAGCCACCAGGUA